CCUACUACUACCACCAAUCCUUGUCCAUCUUCCGCCUUCAUCCUGGUCCAACCAGUCCUUUUGUAAGCUUGUCAGUCGGUCUCAUCGAAAUUCCUUCUGUCGCAAACACCGUCGCCAAUCCGUCGCAAAAGGAUACACAACAGAUCCCCAGAACAUCACACAGCAUAUUCUUUCUGUUCCGAAAACAAGCCAACCCCAUUUCUCCCACUCGCGUCGAAAUCCCAGUUCGUUCCAAGCCCACGGCAGGCAGGGUAUAGUUUUGGCGUCCUGUUGUGACACCACACAUCCCGGAAGCAGCAGCAGCAGCGAUAGUACCAUAUACCAGGAAGGAAAAGGUACCUCGAGAGGUAUAUAUCUUGCCCACCAUGACCGACAACCACCAGCAGCAGCAGAAGCCGAUUUAUGUCGCCACCUAUGGCCGCGAUCCCAAGAUGGCUGCGGCUGUCAGUGAGAAACUUUUACCUGAUGUUGAAGUAGUCCACACCUCUCUCUCCCUAUCCACCGCCCUCCACGAGCUGCCCGCCCUCUUCUCAGGCGACACCUCCAUCGUACCCUCCUCUGGUCUAGGUUCCAACACCAACCGCCCGCCCUCGGAGCGACACAUUCCCACCGCUUUGCUCGUCGGCGGCAGCAGCUUGUCCGACGAAGAAUACGAGAACAUUGUCUCAGCCGUACGGGAAGCGAUCCCUGGAGCCGAAGGAAGCGGCACACCCGUGCAGUUCAUCCGGAUCGGAAAGCGAGAUGUCAUUGCGGCUGGGGCGUUUACGGGGCCGAAUCCGGAGACCAUUGCUAAAGUUUAUCGGAAGAGGCUUGCUGGGGCGAGGACUUAGGGGUUUCUUUGGGACGGGGGUCGGCGAUGGCGUGGAUGGGAGCGCCGCGGAGGACCAGGAGGAGGGGGAGGGUCGUGGUGGUACCGGUGGACGGUUUAGGGACGGUGAUUCUGUCGCAGGGAAUGAUAUCGGAAGGGAUACAAAGGGAGGAGGAGGAAAGGGAAAUGGGAAUGGGAAGGGGUUCUGGCAGAGGGACCGCUCUGCCGACAGUGGCAUUGGACUACCGGACGAUGACGACAGCUCGGAGAUCCCCCAAGUGACGAACGAUGAUUUCCUCGGCACCGCCAUCGCUACGGGCACUUCUACCUCUUUCGCCUUCGCCGGCUCCACUGGUUGGCGAUACAUCAGCCUCUCAGACGACGACCACCACAGUGAGGCCCCCCUUGCAAACCAAGACGAAGCCGUUAGCCUACUCCAAGGAAUGCGAUUCAGAGGCAAGAAAAAGAAAGGGAAGAAGGUUGUCAUGUUCGCCAGUGGCAUUCCAGAGGAGGAAGAGGAACAUGAAGAUGAUGAUGCCAAUGGGAAAAAGAAGGGUGUCAAAGGAAAAGGUGGCAAAUGUGAAGGCUGGUUUGAAACGCUCAUGGUCCAUGGGUUCGGAUCAAUCGCUCAUUUUUAUGUCCCCUGCGUUGAUUUCACAACUUUUGAUGAGAAUGGAAUGGUGAACAAAGAGGUAGUUGCGAUGCCGAGGCAGAGACAGGCGCAUAUUGUGGUUUUUGAUGAUGGGCUGGGGGGUAUAGCGCUUCGUGAUUUAUGAGGCAGUCAGUGUCAAAGUGAAUGAGGGCUUUUUGCGUUGUCGAUAGCAAUGAAAUCGUAUUUGAACCUUCCUCUACGACUGAAAU